CAAUACAACAAUGUCAGUGUCGACCCAAAACCCGACCCAGCCGAAGAUCCGAUGGGGAGAACUCGACGAGGACGAUGGCGAGGAUUUGGACUUCCUCUUGCCACCUAUGCAAGUGAUCGGUCCCGAUGAGAACGGGAUCAAGAAAGUAAUUGAGUACAAGUUCAACGACGAGGGCAAUAAGGUCAAAAUUACCACCACCACUCGCACUCGCAAGCUCGCAAAUGCUCGUCUCAGUAAGCGUGCCAUUGAGAGGAGAAACUGGGCUAAAUUCGGCGACGCUGUGCGCGAAGAUGUCGGUAGCAGACUCACCAUGGUCUCCACCGAAGAGAUCUUGCUUGAGCGCCCUCGUGCUCCUGGUAGCAAACCAGAAGAAACAAAGGUUGCAGGAGAUUCCUUGGCUAAACUUAGCAAAGGAGGUGCUGUUCUCAUGGUGUGUAGGACUUGUGGUAAGACGGGUGACCACUGGACAGCAAGGUGUCCCUACAAGGAUCUUGCUGCACCAUCUGAGGGAUUUGUUGAUAAGCCCACUGCAUCAGAAACCACAGCUGCUGCUGCUGGUGCAACGAAGGGAACAUAUGUUCCUCCGGGUAUGAGAGCUGGGGCAGAGAGAACUGGAACUGAUAUGAGACGCAGGAAUGAUGAGAACUCUGUCAGGGUCACCAACCUUUCAGAGGACACUCGGGAACCUGAUUUGCUUGAGCUGUUCCGGCCUUUUGGUGCUGUAAGUCGUGUUUAUGUUGCUGUUGAUCAGAAGACUGGCAUGAGCCGAGGUUUUGGUUUCGUGAACUUUGUGAACAAAGAAGAUGCUCAGAGAGCAAUCAACAAACUGAAUGGUUAUGGGUAUGACAAUCUCAUUCUGAGAGUUGAAUGGGCAACACCAAGGACAAACUAGAUUCUUCUUUUCAUCCCCAGUUUUAAUGUUCUACAAUAACAAUUUUGUCUAUUGUAAUAUUUUUGAACUCCCAAAAGAAUGUGGAUGUUGCAUGGUUUUGAGACGAUGUGGCUUUUUAUAAAAGUACUUUGUAUGCACAUGAUUUAACUUUUGCAUUACGUUCAACCUUUUCAGUA